AUGGCGCCUUCAACUCAGCAAGUAUUUAUCGACGGUACUUUUGCUGAUCUCGCCCAAGAGCUGGCCGAGUAUCUCAACAUCGGACCUGAGAUUCAACCCCUCCUCGAGGAGAACAAAAAAGAUGAUGCACUCAAGAGACUCGUAACCACAUCGACUGCGCUCAACUCCUCCCCCGAGAAAGAGUUCACUGCAGCAUAUAAUUUACUAGUUUACCUCGUCAUCCAGUCCCCAAGUGUCAAUAUUUUCCUUCCUCGAAUCUGCGAGAACCUCUCGAGACCGAUUUUAUCUUCCCCAGUCAACGGACCAGGUCUUGCUCUCAGCGUCCUUACAACUGUCUUCAAUCUCCUCCAACCCGACAACGAGGUCCGAUUCAAUGUCUUCCAGGCAAUUCUACGCCUCGUCAAGACUAGCGGCCUGUUCGAGAUGUUGCGACCACAGCUGAAGAAGUUGGACACCUGGCUGGUGGAAUGGGAUGUCGAUGAUGAGGAUCAACGCAAGCUCUUCGGACAGAUCGCAGAUGCUGCAGAGGAUGCCGGAGAAGAAGAACAAUCCUACCAAUACAUUCUCAAGGCCCUCCGUACAUUCGAUAAAGACGAAGUCUCCUCUACCGAAGCACAAAACCUCUCUAUACGCGCGCUAAAGAUCGCUCUCCUCUCCAGCACCCACUUCGACUUUCAUGAUCUUACCUCUCUUGCCACUGUUCAAGCCCUCAACCCGCCACAAGAGGUCUGGUGGGAACUGCUUGAAAUCUUCUCCGAGAAAGAACUUGAAGAUUACAAUGAUUUUCGGGACGAGCACGAAGGUUUCAUCGAGGAACAAGGCUUGAGCAACAGCAAGCUCCAUCGCAAGAUGAGAUUGUUGACCUUGGCAAGUGUCGCAGCGAGCACCAACAGCAGAGAGCUGGAGUACAAGCGCAUUGCGAAGGCCUUACAAAUUCCUUCUGAGGACGUGGAGAUGUGGGUUAUCGAUGUCAUCCGUGCUGGCUUAGUCGAAGGCAAGCUGUCGCAACAGAAACAGGUCUUCCUAGUUCACAGAACUACAUAUCGUGUUUUCGGCGACAAGCAAUGGCGUGAGGUCGCUACACGGUUAGAUCAGUGGAAGGAAAGUUUGAGGGCUGUGAAGGAGGUCAUCAGCCGGGAGAGACAAGCCGCGGAGACGCAGAAGGAGCGAGAGAUGCACGAGGUUGAGAGAAAGGUUGCUGGUGCCUCUGGAAUGGGUGCAGGUCGGAGAAUCGGCGGCAGGGAUAAUAUGGUCGAGAUGGGCACCGAUUGA